AUGGACUGUACUAUCACCGAGAAGUGUGAGGUCUAUCAGUUCAUCCUCGCUAUACAGGAAGCGUACCCAGAGUAUGCCCGCAAUCGACGCGCAGACCUUUGCCGCAACGUUAUCCCCAAGGUUGACCAAAUGUGCAACGAGCUCAAUGAUGAGGCUCGCCGCAACGACCCAGUCAAGGUCACCUACGCUACCAUGAAGCAGAAGGCAGGUAACGGCAACUAUAGCAAGUCAGGGGGUAACGGAACCAAUGGCAGCGACAACCCUCAACGUUGCAGCUACAACAACAACCACAACAACAACGGUUAUUGCAGCACUCGCAAUGGCGGCAACAACAGCCAGAAGCCGUCACAGUCCACUGACCAUUCCCGUGGCCCCAAGUGUAAGCACUGCGGUCACCCACACGCUGGUGCCGGUGACAACUGCUGGUACACCUUCCCAGAGAAGGCGCCACAAGAGUGGCGUGAGCGUAAUGCUGACAGGCUUAAGAGCAAAUCGCAGAGAGCUGGCGCCAACGCAGCCAUCGUUAGCGUCAACACUGCAAUGAAUAACUUCACUUUUGCUACUGUGCAACUCUCCGACGACGUCCUACACAAGGCCAACGACGGCGCAUACCACGAUUGUCUCAUCCUCGACACUGGUAGUACUGACCACAUCUGUAACGACUACAGUAAGUUCGUCAAAUUCAACCACAACCCCAACUACCACGCAAUUAUCAACACCAGAGCUGGUCCCAUACACAUUACACGCAAAGGUACAAUCACUGUUAUGGUUGCUACCUCUAGCGGUACCCUCCACACUGUGACAUUCAACAACAUU